AUGCGAACUGAGAUCGAGAGAAGCAUGAUCCUUACAACCAGCCAUCUUGUGCGCGCACCUGCUUGGCGGCCAGGGUCGCCACCAAGCGACGCCCUCCACGAUGACUGGGGCACACGGGCCAUGACCGUCGCCGUCCUCUCGCUUCCCCCCCGAGAGCUCGCCUCAGGCAAGCUCUUCCGGUUCCUUGUUUUGCGCCAGACUCAUCAGCAUCGACAGCAGCAGCAACAGCAGCAGCAACAGCAGGAGCAGGAACAGCAGCAUUGGCAGCAUCCAGUCUUCCUCUGCGGGGCCGUUCCGGGUCGACCGCUGCUGGCCUAG